UUUCAUCAGUUCUGAUUUAGGCCACUUAUCUAUCUUUCUUUUUUUUUGCUUUGUUUUGUUUGGUUCUGUUUAUUUUCUUGUGUGUGUGUGUGUGUGUCUACACAAGAAAGAAACAUUUUAGGUCAUGAUAAAAGCUGGUCUGGGUGAUCAGGCUCGUUCUCGUGCUAAUUCUUUCUGUGAAUUUUUCUUUCUGGUGUUUCUUGAUUUUAAUUUGAUAUAGUCAAGUCUCCAUCGUUGGACAUUUCUUUUUCUUCUUCUUUUGCAGUCAAAGAAGAGUCAGACCUGAAGGUCCUAUAGUGCUGCAACAGACCAGAGAGAGAGAGAGAGAGAGAGAGAGAGAGAGGAGAUUAUUGGCUAUAUUUUGUGCUCUCUUCUUGAAUAAAAGGCUUAUCUAACGUCAAAAUAAGCCAUUUGCUGAUAAACCUGAUGAAGACAACUCCUUCACCACUUGAUCACCCCCCCCCCCCCCCCCCCAAUCUCCCUCUGUGGCCAGCCAGUAACCUUUCCUUGACUAAAAUUACUGCACCACAAAAGUGCUGCACAAUUCCAACCUUAUUUUGUCAUAGGGAAGCAAGAAAAUGGAGAUCUCAUGGCCACCCUAUCUUCUUUAAAACACCACCCAACAGGAGGGAAAUGAAGAAAUUAACCCCACUAAGCUCUACUUCUGAUUCUAGUGCUUGCUUUCCGUACAUCUUUCUCUUCUGUUUUUUUCAAGAAUAAUUUGCAAACCCUCAAUUCUAUGCAGAAGAACCCUAUUGUCAGUGUUCCAUGCAGCAACUUGUUUGACAUUGUCACCGUCCGAUGUGGGCACUGCACCAAUCUAUGGUCUGUGAACAUGGCAGCUGCCUUUCAGUCCCUGUCAUGGCAAGAUCAUGUUCAGGCAUCAAACCACAUAUCACAUGAUUACAGAAUUGAGAUGGGUUCCUCCUCAAAAUUCAACAACAAGAUCUCAACGAGAACCCCAGCUACCAACAUUGUCACUCAAGAAAGGGUUGUUAAUCGCCCUCCCGAGAAGAGGCAGCGAGUACCUUCUGCAUAUAAUCAGUUCAUAAAAGAGGAGAUUCAGAGGAUCAAGGCCAAUAAUCCUGAGAUCAGUCACAGAGAAGCUUUCAGUACUGCUGCCAAGAAUUGGGCACAUUUCCCUCAUAUUCAAUUUGGAUUGAUGUUGGAGACCAACAACCAAGCUAAGCUGGAUGAUGGAAGUGAUAAACAUCUAAUGUCAAGGUCAGCACUACUGAACAACUGAUCAAUAUGGUUUUGACAUUUCAAGACCACCUUCAAGAAAUUCCAUGCUCUUUGAAGUACAUCCUUGAAUUCAAUGUGUUGUAAUCAAGGAGGAUAUGAGUCUAUGUUUUCUACAAUAUUGUAUUUGUCCCCGACUGUUUAGCAGAUGUGAUUGCUUACUUGACUUGAUGUAAGUUAUUUACAUUCGUCAUCUAUAUGAAUAUUGCUCCACCUUUGUGAUGA